AAGCAGCUGCUGCUGCCCAAAGCAGCCGACGCCACCGCCCACACGUCUCCUCCACCUCCCAAUCCCCACUUGUUCGCCUCCCCCCGGCCUCCCUGAUCCGUGCCGCCCUCCCCCACCCCGUCAACCAGGAGCGCAGCCGCUUGUCGGUGCGGAAAUGCGGGUUCGUCUUGCGGCGCCGCGGUGAGCUAUUGAUUGCUGGUGGUAGCUCGCCCCGGGCACCGGCGAUGGGCUGCUUCCCGUGCUUCGGCUCCACGCGCGAGGAGGAGCUCAAGUACUACGGAUCCAAGGGCCCCGGCGGAGGCAAUGGCGGUGGUGGGCGAGCGACCGCGUCCUCGUCCUCGUCCGCUGCAGCUGGUGGUGGAGGCGGCCGGGUAGAAGAGGCCGUGGUGGCGCCGCCGCGUGCUCAGAGGGGCCCCGCAGGGGCCGACAAGACACGAGCUAAAGGCAAUGCUGGCUCGAAGAAGGAGCUUUCAGUACUCAGGGACGCCAGUGGCAAUGUCAUCUCUGCUCAGACCUUCACCUUCCGCCAGCUUGCAGCCGCAACGAAGAACUUUAGAGAUGAAUGCUUCAUUGGGGAGGGAGGGUUUGGGCGCGUUUACAAGGGCCGCCUUGACAUGGGCCAGGUUGUUGCUAUCAAACAGCUGAAUAGGGAUGGUAAUCAAGGAAACAAAGAAUUUCUAGUGGAAGUUCUCAUGCUUAGUUUGCUGCAUCAUCAAAACCUUGUCAAUUUGGUUGGUUAUUGUGCUGAUGGAGAUCAACGCCUUCUCGUGUAUGAGUACAUGCCACUUGGAUCAUUGGAGGACCAUUUGCAUGAUCUCCCUCCUGACAAGGAGCCUUUGGAUUGGAACACUAGGAUGAAAAUUGCUGCGGGUGCUGCUAAAGGGCUGGAGUACCUGCAUGACAAGGCACAGCCACCAGUUAUUUACAGGGAUUUCAAGUCAUCAAAUAUUCUAUUGGGCGAGGGCUUCCAUCCAAAGCUAUCAGACUUCGGUCUUGCUAAGUUGGGUCCUGUUGGUGACAAGUCUCAUGUCUCAACGCGUGUUAUGGGAACAUAUGGUUAUUGUGCUCCAGAAUAUGCUAUGACAGGACAACUUACAGUUAAGUCAGAUGUUUACAGCUUUGGAGUUGUCUUGCUCGAGCUGAUUACUGGCCGAAAGGCCAUUGACAGCACCAGACCAGCGUCAGAGCAAAACCUUGUGUCAUGGGCACGGCCCCUUUUCAAUGACAGGCGCAAGCUCCCAAAGAUGGCUGACCCGGGCCUGGAGGGGCAGUUUCCUACACGGGGACUUUACCAGGCGCUUGCGGUGGCAUCAAUGUGCAUCCAGUCAGAGGCUGCAUCGCGCCCACUCAUCGCCGACGUUGUGACUGCUCUGUCAUACCUUGCAAACCAGAUUUAUGAUCCUAGCUUAGCGCACGCAUCCAAGAAAGCAGGCGGCAGCGACCAGCGGAACCGGGUCGGUGACAGUGGAAGGGCGCUUUCCAAGAAUGACGAUGCAGGCAGCUCUGGCCACAGGUCGCCGAGCAAGGACCGGGCCGACUCCCCCAGAGAGCAGUUCCCGGGGGCUGCGAACAGGGGCCAGGACAGGGAGCGAAUGGUGGCAGAGGCAAAGAUGUGGGGCGAGAACUGGCGGGAGAAGCGGCGAGCUGCUCAGGGGAGCCUGGAUUCUCCGACCGGAGGCGGGUAGCGUCAGUCACCAAAGACUGUUUCGCCCGUGCGUGCUCUGUCUCAGACUGUUUUUUGCCUUUGUGUGGUGAGGAUGAGGAUUCCCGUGUUUGUUAGGUGUACAUUUGUAGGUGUAAAACAACAGAAAAGGGAACGUUGGGGUGAAAAUGGAGGGAAGAGAAGGAUGCUUGUUCUGGAUGUUUAUGAGUGGUGCCUGUAAAUUAUCGGAAAAUUUUGC